CCGCCGGCCGCGACUUUCAGACUCGUACCAUGGCUCUGCGCUGGUCAUGCUGGCGGCCCGGCUGCUCCUGGAGGCCGGCGCCGGUCCGGAGCCCGCGGCCGGCAGGCCCUGGCUGUGCGGGGCCGCUCGGGACACGCGCCGCCUCGGACACCCGCGCGCAGCAAUUUCGGAUUUCGGAUCCCGUUAGCCUCAAAAUUUGGAAAGGGUGUUGUGGCGACGCAAAGCGAUGCUACUAACCAGGGUGGACUCGACUAGAGUGCUGCAGGUGCUUACGACAGAGAACGCACACCUGAAAGGCGCUGGAAGGACACUAGAAGGAGAAGAGCCCAAGGGUGUCACGAGAGACCUAUAACUUCUUUGAAGUAAAAUUAUUAUCUGAGUAAUACCCUAUUUUAGUCUUUUGAAGAUUUUAACAUCUGCCUCCCCAAAUAUGCAUAGUAUAUCGCAGUUUCAUCAAAGGACACCAGCAAUGUGCUGUUGUAGUCAAACUCAGAGUGGUGAGAAAUAUAGUGAUCCUUUUAAACUUGGCUGGAGAGACUUGAAAGGUCUGUAUGAAGACAUUAGAAAGGAACUGCACAUCUCCACCAGAGAGCUGAAGGACAUGUCUGAAUACUACUUCGAUGGCAAAGGAAAAGCCUUUAGGCCAAUUAUUGUGGUGCUAAUGGCCCGAGCGUGUAAUAUUCAUCAUAAUAACUCCCGAGAGAUGCAAGCCAGACAGCGCUCCGUAGCCUUAAUUGCAGAAAUGAUCCACACUGCUACUCUGGUUCAUGAUGACGUUAUUGACGAUGCAAGUUCUCGAAGAGGAAAACAUACAGUUAAUAAAGUCUGGGGUGAGCAAAAGGCUGUUCUUGCUGGAGAUUUAAUUCUUUCUGCAGCAUCCAUAGCUCUGGCACGGAUUGGAAACACAGCAGUUGUAUCGCUGUUAGCCCAAGUUAUUGAAGACUUGGUGCGUGGUGAAUUUCUUCAGCUAGGGUCAAAAGAAAAUGAGAAUGAAAGGUUUGCCCACUACCUUGAAAAGACCUUCAAGAAGACAGCCAGCCUGAUAGCCAACAGUUGUAAAGCAGUCUCUGUCCUGGGUUGCCCUGACCCAGUGGUGCAUGAGAUUGCCUAUCAGUAUGGGAAAAACGUUGGAAUAGCUUUUCAGCUCAUAGAUGAUGUAUUGGAUUUCACCUCAUGUUCUGACCAGAUGGGCAAGCCAACAUCUGCAGACCUGAAGCUAGGCAUAGCCACCGGCCCUGUCUUGUUUGCUUGCCAGCAGUUCCCAGAAAUGAAUGCUAUGAUAAUGAGACGGUUCAGUUUGCCGGGAGAUGUGGACAGAGCACGGCAAUAUGUAUUACAGAGUGACGGCGUGCAGCAAACCACCUACCUCGCCCAGCAGUAUUGCCACAAGGCAGUGCGAGAGAUCCGGAAGCUUCGACCUUCUACAGAAAGGGACGCCCUCAUUCAGCUUUCAGAAAGUGUGCUCACAAGAGAUAAAUGACAAUUCUUUUUGUUCUUUCUGGCAGCUAUUUUACCAGACUGUGCCUAAUGAAUUUUGUGAAACACUAUUUGCUUCAUGUGCAGAUAACCAAAAAUCAUUUUAAAAAAUAAUUUCAACCUUAUUGAUGGGCAAUUUUUUUAUUGGCAAAGUUUUUCAGAAAACUUUUUAAAUGUAAUUAAACCAUUGUCAUCAUAGUGCUAUAAAUUCUAAUUGAGGUAUCCUGAUGGUUAUAUGUGGUAUUGUUUACACUGUUAAUGCCCACAUGUAAAGCCAUUACACAAAUAAAUAAUCAAUGUUAAAAUUCAA